UCUUAGUUCCACAUAAAGCAGCGCACAGAACAGUAGAGAAUAGAAUUGGAAAAAGAACAAAACGGAAAGCAAAGAAAACGUUAAAAGAAAGAAAGAAAUUUUUUCUUUAACGGUUUGUGCUCGGUUACAUAACUGUGUUCUGUAGGCCAAAAGUUGAUGAAAGUGUCAUCAACUUUGUAAAAUUAUUCAGUCAAUAGUUUAAACCAAAAAUCUUCUAACAAAGUAAAACAAUUCAUAGAAUAUACCAAAUAUAUAUAUCUAUAACGAAUCUCUCUAACAACAAUAUUCAAUAAAUAAAAUCCCCCCUCAAAACCCCCCAGCAACAAAAAAUCGGUAAAAAUGUUUUUGCAACAAAGUUGAUUACGCGAUAAACUGCUAACAAUCUAUAAAAUAAUAAAAAUCAACCAAUAAUUAUUAAUUAAAUUGUUAUACGCAUCUGAAUAAUAAUAAAGUUAAACAUAGACUAAAAAGUAUUAACCUUCCAACACACUCACACACACCUUAAGACAAGACGACACCUCAACGUCUUUAAGCAGUCUGAAGUCGUAGGAGAAGAAGUAAAUCCAGAAAAAAAAAAACUAUAUAAUUUAUAAAAAGCAAACUAAACUGCUCUAGACACACAAAAUCCUUAAAAUAAUAAUUUAAUAAAAAACAAACAAACUAAAAUCCUUAACAAACACAGUUUAUAUAUAUAUAAAUAAAACAAAAUGGCCGAUAAAAAGAAUGAAUAUUAUGCGCCACCUCCAAAAAUGGGCAAAUGGCAGGGCUUCAAAACAUUUCUGUGGAACAGUGAAACUAGUCAAUGUCUGGGUCGUACAGGCGGCAGUUGGGCAAAAAUUCUGAUAUUUUAUGUAAUAUUUUAUGCGGCACUAACUGGAUUCUUUGCUGCCAUUUUUGCUGUAUUUUAUCAAACAUUGGAAAUAAAUAAACCUAAAUGGACAUUAGGCGAUGGUUUAAUCGGGACAAAUCCAGGUCUUGGUUUUCGACCAAUGCCACCAGAGGUGAAUGUUGAAAGUACUUUAGUUUGGUAUGAAUCAAAUAAACCAGAUAAUUUCAAAUAUUGGGUAGAGGAAACCUCUAGUUUCUUAAAAGCCUAUGAAGAUUUACCCAAAAAGAAUCAAGUAAAUUGUACAUUUGAAAAUCCUCCACCUGAAGGCAAAGUAUGCGGCAUUGAUCGUACCCAAUUUGCUCCCUGCACAGAGGAAAAUCAUUUUGGUUAUAAUUUGGCCAGACCCUGCGUAUUCCUCAAGUUGAACAAGAUUUACAACUGGGUUCCUCAAAUCUACAACGAUUCAAAGAAUUUGCCUGAAGAAAUGCCAAAUGAGUUGAAACGACACAUCACAGAAAAACACACCUUGAGACCAAAUGAGACUAAUGUUGUUUGGAUCUCUUGCGAAGGUGAAAAUCCCGCUGAUGUUGAAAAUAUCAAAGCCCGUGACUAUUAUCCACGUAUGGGUUUCCCAUCCUACUAUUUCCCCUUCAAAAAUAUUGACGGUUAUAUACCACCUAUUGUAGCUGUGCAAUUUACCGUUGAAACUGGUGUCUUAAUUAAUAUUGAAUGCAAAGCUUGGGCUCGUAACAUCCAUCAUGAUCGUUCAGAAAGGAGAGGAUCCGUCCACUUCGAGUUGAUGGUUGAUUAAGAUCAAUCUUUAGAAGACAAAAGACAACAACAGCAGCAGCAGAAACAACAGCAGCAGCAACAAAGCAAAGAACAACAACAACAACAGCAUCAAGAGCAAGAACAGCAGCCACAACAACAACAACAGCAAGACAACAACAACAGUGAACUUAAAAAUACUACUACAACAACAACAGCAGCAGUAACAGCAACAAAUAAGGAAAGUUUUAAUUAAAAUAAAAUAAAAAUUAGUAAGAAUUAAACAGCAAAUAAUAAAAAAAACUUAAAACUGUAAGAAAAAAAUAAAACAAUUCUAAAAUAACAAAAAAUCGCAAGGCAUUAUUAUUUCAAUAACAAAAAAAUAAAUAAUGCAACGAAAUAUUAAAAAAAAACAAAUUACAGCAAAAACCAAAGAUGCAAAAUAAACUAAAUGAAAAAAUUAUAAAAAAAUAUAUAUAAAAAUAGUAAAAAAAAAACAGAAUUAGAAUAAAACAUAGUUUUUGGAGACAACAACAACAACAGACAACACAAUUUAAUAAUUUUUUUGAAAACGGUUUUUAAGGAUUUUUUACAACAUUUGUUGACAACAUUGGCUGAAUUUUUAAAACAAACACUGUUAUUAUAGUUUUGUAAAAUUUGCUUUGAACAAAUUUGUUUUAUAUUUAACAAUUUUUAAGUUUUUGUAAAGAGAAAUGAAAAUUUUAGAAAAAAAGUUAAUAACGAAAAAUAGCACAGCGAAAAAUGUUUAAACCAAAAAUUUAACAACUGUGUACUUAAAAAACAAAAAUUAUUUAAUAAAAUAUUUAAAAAAUUGGUAAAACACAACACACUCUCUCUCUAACUCUCUCUCUCUAUCUAAAGCUCUCUGUUAUGAAAGUUAAAAAUUUUAAGUUUUAUUUUUUAAAUUAUGGAAAAAUUCCCACUUGAUUAAAAAACACAUAUUUUUCAAAACACAUUUAUUAAAAAUAAUAAAAACAACAAUGCUGUUUAGUAAAUAUUUUAUUGAAAAAAGAAAUUUAAAAAAAAAACAAUUAAAACCAGAUUUAUUUGUUUAAAUUUGUUAUAAAUUUAAGCAAAAAACAAAACAGAAAAUCCCAUUUAAGUAAAACCAAAAAGAAAAAAAAACUAAUUACUUAAUAAAUAAAAAUUUAUAAAAUAUUGUAGAUUUUUAAAUAUUUAAAGCAUUAUUUAGGAAAUUUUCAAGUAAAUAAUAUAAUAAAAAACCAAAAAAAGAAAAACAAGCUAAGGAGUCUAGAGAAUAAUGCUAUAAAAACAAAAAUAAACAUAAAAAAGCAAAACUAAUCCUCUUUACUUAAAACUUAAAAAAAAAUAUUUAAAUUUAAAAAGAAAAACAAAAAAAAAACUAAAAAUAAGUAAGAAAAUUAAACAGAAAUUUAAGUAAAGAAAAACUAAAAAAAAAAAUAAUAACAGAGACAAAUAUAUACACACACACAACUUACAAAAAAACAAGAGGAAGAAAUAACAUUAUUAAAAACAAAACCGAAAACCGUUUAAUAAUUUACAUAUAAUUUAACAUUUAUAUCAUUUAUGAAACACUCUGUUUGUUUACUUUUUCAUUAUUUUCCACACAAAAUGCAACUCUGCUUAACAAACAGCUUUGUACACUCAAAAAAAAAGAUUAAUAAAGAAAAAACCAAUAAUAAAUAAAUGAAAGUAUAAAAUUACACCCACCACUACUACUACACAUAACUUUAAACAAAAAAACUCUAUUCAAGAAUUAUAUAUUUUUGGCAUUUUUUCAUCUUAUUUUUUUUAACCCUUUAACUGUCACUUUAUGUUUUUAUUUCAUUAUAUUAUUGUUGUUACAAACUCCUACUCCUCCCGUUUCCCUCCAUUAACCUUUAGUGUAUUAAAUGAACAAAAAAAACUUAAUUAGUAUAAAUGAUUAAUUAAAAAACUGCUAAAACAAAAGUAUUAUUAAUAAAUUAAACCUAAAAAAACAAUAAUAACAACAAUAAACCUAUAAAAAAAACAAACAAAACAUUGUAUUUGUCAUUUUUUGAAAACUGUAUUUUUGAAAACAAAUCAAACACACUGCUCUAAAUAAGAUUUUAAAGGGAUUUUAAAUUAAAUUUUCAAAAAUUCUAGAAAAUAUUUUCAUAAAAUUUGAAGUAAAAAAGUUAAUUAAAACUUUUCGGAAGCAAAGAUUUUUUAUAUAAAAUAACAUUUUUAAAAGUUUAAUGAACAAAAUUGACCUCUUUCCUAAAAAGAACCUGAAAUUUUCUAGACUAGAAUAUUGACUAGACCACAGACUUGACUAGACUAUAGACUAGACAAUAGACUGAACUAUAGAUUAUAUUAUAGACUUGACUAUAUAUUCUAUUAUAGACUAAACUAAAGACUAGACUAAAGACUAGACUAUAGACUAGACUAUAGACUAAACUAUAGACUAGACUAUAAACUAGACUAUAGACUAGACUAUAGACUAGACUAUUGACUAGACUAUAGACUAGACUAUAGACUAGACUAUAAACUAGACUAUUGACUAGACUAUUGACUAGACUAUUCACUAGACUAUAGACUAGACUAGAGAUUAGACUACAUAUAGGCUAGACUAUAGACUAAACUAUAGACUCGGCUAUAAAACUAAACUAUAGACUAAGCUAUAGACUAAACUUAACUAGACUAUAGACUAUACUAUAGACUAUACUAUAUACUAUACUAAAGACUAUACUACAGAAUAGACUAUAGGCUAAACAAUAGACUAGACUAUAGACUAUACUAUAGACUAGACUAUACACUAGACUACAGGCUAUAUUAUAAACUAGACUAUAGGUUGUAUUAUAGACUAUACUUAACCUACUAUAGACUAUACUAUAGACUAAACUGUAGACUAGACUAUAGACUAAAAUAUAGACUAGACUAUAAACAAGACUAUAGACUAGAGAUUAGACUACAUAUAGGCUAGACUAUAGAAGAAACUAUAUACUACACUACAGAGUAAACUAUAUACUAGGCUAUAGACUAGGCUAUAGACUAAGCUAUAGACUAAACUAUAGACUACGUAAUAGACUAAACUAGACUAUUGACUAGACUAUAUAUUAUACCAUAGACUAUACUAUAAACUAGGCUAAUGACUAGACUAUAGAUUAGUUUAUAGACAGGUCUAUAGACUAGUCUAUAGACUUGACUACAAACUAAAAUAUAGACUAUGCUAUGGACUAAACUAUAGACUUGACUAUAAACUAGGCUAUAGAUUGGACUAAGUUUAUACACUUCAUAUAUUCUAUUCUAAUUGAAUGUCUCCAGAAUCAGGAAACCGAUAGUUUUUCAUUUUCAGUAAACCGAUAGUUUUCGAAAACAAACUGAUUUGCAAGUUCAUUUUUUUCUGGAUUCAAUACUUGCAAUUUUACUUAAUAUUCCAUUAAAUAACUCGACCUAAAACUCUGUGCGGUUUAAAGGUAACUAAAUACAAUAGUGUGAACAAAUAGAAAUCCUCUAACUUCUUAUAGUUUAUUGAGAACAAAAUUUAAUAGCCAGAGUGUUUUCUGGAAACACAAUGCAAACUGCUUGCAGUUGAGGAGUUUCUUAACAAAAUCAAAUGUCAGGUUCCUUUUUUUAACGAUCCAAAACUCCGUGCAAUUUAAAUUUAAAUAAAUACAGUAUCGUCGAUUCAGUAUUCGAUUCAUUAUAACAAAAAGGAACCUUUUGUAGAUUCGUCGAUAAAACUUAUAGUUUAUUGAGAACAAGAUUUAAUAGCCGGUUUUUUCAGGAUCGAAUGACAGAUCCCGUUUUUUAAGUAAGAAAUCCUUUAUUGAGCACGAUUUAAGGGUUUCUAAACUAAGUUUAAGGGCUGCUGCUUUACAGAUAACAGAAACUGUUCUAGAAUCGAGUGCUUUUUAAAUUAUUUAUAGUUUCUGAGUAGAAAUGGACAGCUAUGAUGGAAAACUGCAGUUUUCUCAAUUUAUUAAGAACAAAAAUUAAUAGCGGGUUUAUUUUUUUAUAAACAAAAGGUCAAUUUUGUAAAACUUUUACUUUUCUGAAAAAUAAAAUUGUCUUAACAUCUUGUCCCACCAAUGACAAACCUAAAUUAGCAAUUUUAUAAAAACACGAACAUUUUAAGAAAUUUAACAUUGACAUCGGAAAUAAUAAAAAAGAAAUUCGAAAAAAACCUAAAGGGCUCUGUAAAAGUUGUGUUGCUGUUUAAAAGAAAAAAAUACUAAAAAAGCACAAUUAAUUUGAAAGUUUUUUUCCCCCAGAAAGAUGAAAGUAUUUAAACAUAAAAAUGGAAAUAUAUAUAUAUAUAAAAAAUGUAUAUUCAAAUAACUGCCAUUUUUUACACACAAAUAAAAAUGUAUGUAAAAAUAAAUUUUUUUGAGUGUUAUGCAAAAUAUAAAAUAUUAAUUAUAUAAAAAUGUAAAACAAAAUAAAAUUAUUAAAACAAAAACACACACACAUAUAAAUACACAAAUGAACAAAGAAAAAGCCAUAUGGAAA